AUGGGGGAGAAUGGAGGGGGGAGGGGGGCGCCGUUGCUGGAGAUAGACGAGGGGUCGCGGGCGACGGAGGUGGCGCUGCAGGGGUGGGGGCCCGUUGGGUGGCGGGCGGUGGCGCGGGUCGCAGCGUGGGAGUCGCGCAACCUGUGGCGGCUCUCGUGGGCGUCGAUCGUCAUCCAGAUCCUCAACUUCACGCUCAGCCUCGUCACGCAGAUGUUCGUCGGCCACCUCGGCGCCCUCGCUCUCGCCGGCGCCUCCAUCACCAACGUCGGCAUCCAGGGCCUCGCCUACGGUAUCAUGCUUGGAAUGGCGAGUGCAGUGCAGACAGUGUGCGGGCAAGCCUACGGGGCCAGAAAGCACAAGGCCAUGGGGAUCGUCUGCCAGAGGGCGCUCAUUCUGCACACGAUUGCGGCCGUCAUCCUUGCCUUCCUUUACUGGUACUCGGGCGCGCUCCUCCGCGCCAUCGGUCAGUCGAAGGAGAUUGCGGCCAUCGGCCAAGUCUACGCCCGCGCUCUCCUCCCCCAGCUCUUCGCCUUCGCUCUCUACUGCCCCAUGCAGAGGUUCCUCCAGGCUCAGAACAUUGUGAACCCUAUGGCUUAUAUAGCAGCUGCAGUUCUCCUCUUCCACAUCCUAAUCUCAUGGUUAGCAGUGUUUGUGUUCAAAUGGGGUGUUCUUGGAGCUUCCCUCACAUUGAGCUUCUCAUGGUGGGUGCUUGUGCUUUUGACUUGGCUCUACAUAGUUUGUAGCCCAUCUUGUAGGGCUACAUGGACCGGGUUCUCCGUUCGGGCAUUUAGCGGGUUUUGGGCUUACACUAAGCUCACUUUCGCCUCUGCUGUUAUGUUAGUUUUGGAGAUUUGGUAUGUGCAAGGGCUUGUGUUAUUAACUGGCUACUUACCCAACCCAGAGAUCUCGCUUGAUUCCAUCUCUAUAUGUGUCAAUUACUGGAAUUGGGACUUCAUGAUCAUGCUAGGAUUGAGCAAUGCAGCCAGUGUCCGAAUCGGGAAUGAGCUCGGAGCUGGUCAUCCGAGGGUGGCGAGGUUCGCGGUCAUCGUCGUCGUGACGACGAGCCUCAUCAUCAGCGUGAUCAUCAGUGCCCUAGUCCUUAUACUCCGCACUCCCCUGAGCAAGCUCUACACAAACAGCACUCAAGUUAUCGAAGCCGUCGCUAACCUGACUCCACUCUUGGCCAUCUCCAUCUUUCUAAAUGGAGUUCAACCAAUCCUCUCAGGGGUUGCAAUUGGGAGUGGAUGGCAAGCAAUAGUAGCAUAUGUGAAUGUUGGAGCUUAUUACUUGAUUGGGCUUCCUAUUGGAUGUGUUCUCGGAUUUAAGACUAAAUUAGCAGCAGCUGGGAUUUGGUGGGGUUUGAUCAUCGGAGUUUUCGUACAAACGGUGACCCUCAUAAUCAUAACGGCAAGGACUAAUUGGAACAAGGAGGUCGAGAAGGCCAUGCAACGGCUGAAGAACACCGCAGCAGAUGAAGAAGCUCUUGCCAUAGCAGAUGUUGAGUGAUCGAUUCGACGAACGGUGGAUUAAAGGAGGAAAUUUUGGAUCAUUAAGAAUCUUAUAUAAAUCUUAGAAGAGGUAUUUUUGGAGUUGGGAUAAUUAAACACAGUUUUGUUGCAUGGCCCAACUCCACGUAUUAGUUUCACAUCUGUGAAACAAGCUAUUUUUCCACAUGAAUUGCAUCCACUUUUCU